UUAUAUUUUAACCUACGCUUAUUUGGAGGUCUUUCAGUGCAUAGAAUUGGAAAACGUGAACGGUAAUAACAGUACAGACCUCCAAUCAGCAGGUGGUAGUAGAAGCACGAACCUUGACCCGGAAGUAUUUUUCUGUCUUGGAGAGAACGCCAAACACUUUUACAAUGAAUCCGUUGACCAAAGUGAAGCUUAUCAACGAGCUCAACGAGCGGGAAGCUAACCUGGGGAUCAACGAGAAGGCUUCAUGGCACAGCGAGUACAAGGACAGCGCUUGGGUAUUCAUAGGAGGUUUCCCUUACGAGCUGAGUGAAGGCGACAUCAUCUGCGUCUUCUCGCAGUACGGCGAGAUCGUCAACAUCAAUCUGGUGCGAGACAAGAAGACGGGCAAGUCCAAAGGCUUCUGCUUCCUGUGUUACGAGGACCAGAGGAGCACCAUCUUAGCGGUGGACAAUUUCAAUGGCAUCAAGAUCAAAGGUCGCACCAUCCGCGUGGACCAUGUCCGGGACUACCGCCCGCCCAAAGACCACGAAGAUAUCGAUGAUGUGACACGGCGCCUGAGGGAGGAGGGAUGCGCUCCCUCCAUCAACAAUGCUGCCCCGCCUGCCUCCCCGUCCUCCUUGUCGCAAAACGAUGACGUCGUCCCCGUGAAGAAGAGCAAGAAAGAUAAGAAAGAGAAGAAGAAAAAAGAGAAGGAGAAAAAGAAAGAGAAGAAGAAAGCGAGCCGAGCGUCGUCGUCAUCGUCGUCCUCCGCUUCUCCUCGUCCCGCUGCCGUGAGAGUGAAAGAGGAGAAGGAGGACGCUGCCUACGACAAGUAUGACCAGAGGAGGGCGCCGGUCCAGAAGGACAGAGGGAGAGGAGAGGAGGGGAGGCGACGAGACGAGGAGAGAAGAAGGGAAGAUGACCGGAGGAAAAAAGGACAUGAGGAGAAAAGACGAGGAGAUUCCGAGAGAAGACGGGGAGAGCAUGAGAGAUACAGAAGGUGACCUCGGUGACUUGUGGGGGAUUGCUGGAAUCUUUUUUUCUUUUCCCCGGAUACAUUGAAAAAAAUAUCUUUUUUGGGGGGGGGUUAAAAUUAUGUUGCACAAAGACGAUUUGUCUUUUUUUGGAGGUGGGGAGGGGACUUUAAAAGCAAGCAAAUUAAGCAUAUUUUCUCUGACUUGCUGCUUUUUGGGACUGAACACACCGAGUCCGUCUUUGGCCCCGCCCACCCGAGCCUCUCCCCACUCAAUUAACCUUGACUCACCUCCAAGGUUGGCCAGGAGGAUGAGGAUUAGCAUCGCAACUGGUCUGCACGAGCUCCAGACUCCUCUCACACAAAUCUUUGCCACUUUUAAAUGACUCACCCCCGCUAUUUUGUAGCUUAGUUCUAUUUUUUUCUUUUUUGUUGGGGAGGGGGGUUGCUCCAUAGUAGAAAGAGUGAACUCCCCUUCAACUUUUGUGACACACCUCCUAAAAUAAAAGGCAAGUAAAUGUAUACGUAAAAAGAUCUUCAACCAAA